AUGCACCUUCCAAGUCCACUCAAGCUGCUCCGCUUGUCAAUGGGCAUCGCAGCAGCGAUGUCCACAAUGGGCGAAGCAUCUUCAAACGCGCUGGGCCGCAGGGGUACUUUGAGCAGCGACUGCUCCCGCCAGUGUAUGACCAACAUCGUCCAGGGAGUCAUUGAUUCCAUGCUGGUGCACAACCCCUUCAUGCUACCGCUAGCCAAGGUCUACCGCGCAACCGAAAACUCGCAUCCGGCAGCAGUCACCAUGAUGACGGCAUGGCGCACUAUCACUGCGGCCGGUGAGCCCAGCCUGCUGGCAAUCGACACCACAAACGGCACAGCCUACUUUGCCCUGGACGUCAGUGAAGGCAACGACAAGAAGGAAACUGUUCUCCGCGGUCGAAUCAAGGUGGUCGAUCGUGAAAUCACCGAGCUGGAGCUGUUCCUCAACCGCAACCGUGGCGACCACGGCUUCUCCUACUCGGCAGCCGAGCUUCCUGCAAACUAUGAAGUGCUAAUGAGCCCGCCGGCUAACCGGACCAAGGCGUCAAGGCAGACGCUGUAUGAUCUGAGUGUGGCGCUGUUUUCAUCGACCAGCAACUUUUCGGUCACUGUUGGCGAUGAUUGCCAGUUUACCGAGCUGGGAUGGAAGGUCGUUGAUGCUGGGACGAACGGAAAUGGUUCUACUACCCCGCUUGGUUGCACCUGGCCGGAUAGUCAUCCUGUUGAUGAUAACCCGCGAACUGCUCUUGUUGUCGACGAGGAGUUGGGUUUCGUUGUGACUAGCGGCAAUAUUCCAGGCAUCGUUUACCCUUACUCGAAUGUCUCUGCUUUCAUUCCCGAUAAGAUGACUGCCCCACAGGAAGCGCAGGUGGUUUGGAUGAAGGAGAUGGAAGCCACAGGUGAAAUUCCGUUGGUGUAUCCGUUCCCUGCCACUGGUGACACUAUGGAAGUUCUCCAGUAUUACAACGGGAAGCUCCAGGCCAUGCAAAUCAAUGUCUACCUGAGCGGCCCGAACAUGACUUCAACAUGGCUGUAA